UCGAUAAACUGACAACUUAAUUCUUUGAAAUUCUAUAAAUCCGGUGAAACAGUGAAUCAUGGCGCCCUUCUACAAGCGCAUCUGCCGCAGUCUUUCAAAGCGAUACAAGGAGCCCUCGUUGAGUCUGGACAAUACAGUGGAGACGCUGCUAAUCAAGAACGAGGGGGACUUUAUCAGCGUGGAACAGGGCAAGGAGCUGGUGGCUCGCAAGCGCAACUCGCAGCAGCUGGCCCAUCCGCCGGCGCACUUGCACCACCACCCACAGGGCCACGCCCACAACCACCACAGCCACAAUCAGAAUCAGAAUCUGAACCAGAAUCAGAGCCACCAGCAGCAGCAGCAGCACAAGCGGGACGAGAAUAUGAGGCAGCUGCUGGAUGUGACCAACACGCUCACCAUCGAGGAGCUGCGCGACUUUGAAAUGCGGUAUGGCUCACCACAUCACAGCCGCUCGCAAUCGGUUAAGAUGCCCGGCAGCCGGGCGUCGGGAAGGCCAAAUCAGUUGUGCCUGCCCCAGCAGAGAUCCAGAGUGGCCUCCAUGCCGAAUACCGGAGUGGAGGAGGAGUACUACCGGCUGCGCCACUUCUCGAUCACCGGCAAGGGCGUGGUCAACCGCGGUGACUCCCUGAAGAGUCGACGCAGUCGCUCCAACAACAGUGUGGCCAGUUCGAACUCCAGCACCGAGCACCUGACCGCCCAGCAGCAGCUGUCCGCCCCCGCAUCCGUGUCCGCCCGAACAUCGCUGGCCUCCAGCAGGGAGAGCAGCACCUCCAAUCCGGGCAACGGUCCGUACAGGGUCCUGAUGCUGGGAGGUCCUGCGGUGGGCAAGAGUUCGCUUGUCUCGCAGUUCAUGACGUCGGAAUACCUGCACGCCUACGACACGAGCAUCGAUGAUGAGUCCGGCGAGAAAGCCGUUUCAGUAUUACUCAGUGGCGAGGAGUCCGAGCUGAUAUUCAUCGACCAUGGAUACACCGAAAUGACCCCGGAUGAGUGCCUGACCAACUACGAUCCGCACGGUUAUUGCGUCAUCUAUUCGGCGGCGGACAGGAGCAGCUUCAGCGUGGCGGAGCAGGUGCUGCAGGUGCUCUGGACCAAUCAGAACAUCGCCCAGAAGGCGGUCAUCCUCGUGUCGAACAAGGCGGACCUGGCCAGGAGUCGACUGGUCACCUCCGAAGAGGGCAAGGCCAUGGCGACCGCCUACGAUUGUAAAUUCAUCGAGACCUCGGUGGGCAUCAAUCACAACGUGGACGAACUGCUGGUGGGUCUGUUGUCACAGAUACGCCUGAAGUUGGAGAAUCCCGAAAAGUCCAGGGACCUGUUCCGCAAGCGUUCGAUUAGAAAGUCAAAGCGACGCGCUUGCUCGCCGCUAAAUGCAGGAUGUCUGAAUGCCAAUACCCCGCUGGGUCCGCUGGGGGAGGCGGUGGCCACGCCCCCUGGCAGUGCUCAAAGCAGUCCCCGCAAAUAUCGUGGUUCUCGUACCUCCACCAGCCUGAAAGUUAAGGGUCUUCUGGGCCGCGUCUGGACUCGGGACUCCAAGUCGAAGAGCUGCGAAAAUCUCCAUGUACUAUAAGCUCAGAAAUAGUCUCAAAUGUAUCCCAAAAAGUUUCCUAUAGACUAUGCAAGAUCCUAAGCAUAACUAUCACUUAAGUUGCAAGAAACAGACUCGACAACUAACGGGGGUGUUAUUCCCAACUGUAUAUAUUGUGUAUAAUUUUAGCCUUAAUUUACGCUAGUCAUUUUCCCCAUUCAUCAUUGUAUAUAGUUUGUCUAAAUAUAAAACUAUUAUUUGUAAUUGUUUUCUUAUGGUUUUCGUUUUCUUCUAAGCAUGAGUCGGGACUAUUUUCAAAGUUAGAACCUGUCAUAGUUGCGACUGGAAUAAAUAAGUUAUAUUUUUGAUUGAAAGAAUUAAAAAUACAAAAAGAAACCAAAUUUAAAAGCAAUAAUUUUUGGAAAAAAAUAAAAAAAACGAUUUACCCUUGUUCAUAGACAAAGUUAAAAAUACCAAUUGUACUGAUUUUUUGAAGGUUUGGCGCUUGUCCGCCGAAUGAAACUUAUUGUUAAUUAUAUACGUGUAGUUAUACAUUUGUAAUGGUAUUGUAUUUUAAAAUUACAUAAAUAUUCACAUGAAUGUUAAUUGGAUUAAAUGUUCAGAAUUUGAUUAAUCGAAUGAGAACCAGAAAAUAUAUAACCCACAUUGUGCAAUUUUGCUUACAUAGACCUAGGAUUUUUGCCGUAUUUGCUAACCUUUGCCAUUUUUUUGAAGGAGUCCAUCGUGCACUCAAAACCGGCACGGCACGCCCUAGGUUUCUCAUGUUAGUCGGGACCAUUUCAAAAUUAAUCAAAGAUAAAGGAAAUAUGCAAGAAACACUAGAUUUACGCAAAGGGCUUUUAUUAAUAGGUUCAUGUCAGCGUAGUUUUACAUUAAUUCAAUAUGUGAUUUAACACAAGGUCCACAAAAUCGAGAGCAAGAGCAAAACCAUUUUGUUAUUGUAUGUGCUGCGACCUGCUCUAUCAAAUAUUGAGGUCGGAUGGAGAAUUUUGAGAUUUUUAACUAUGAAUGUCAACACUAGUAGCUUAGGGCAAAACACACCCAUUCCAUUCGCCUUCGGGCAGUACUAAUCUAGAUGUCCACUAAAUGUACAAUAUUAUAGAUGUCCAUUAAGUAUUAUAAUCACCAACAAUUGCAGCACAAUGGAAUUUAACGGAGUGGUGUUCUGGCAAAUAUCAAGGUAUGGAAAUAGCUGGAACUUUGGAGGAAACCCUAAGAAAAACGUGCAUCCUAUCAUAUGUGUAAUAUAACCAAUCUAUACCAGAUAGUUAAAAUAUAUAUAGCUGUUUUGGCAUUUUUGUCCAUAAUUCUGUGUAUUGUCUCGCUCAACAGCAAUGAAUGAAUUCGAGCCGAAAACUAAAUGGGAAUUUGCACAGAUUGUACAACAGUUUAUACAUAUGUAUAAGAAGAAGCGAAAGUCAGCCAUAUAUGUAAGCAGUUUGUGUAAGUAGAGUGGGUAAAAGUUUACUUAUAAACAAUUGAGUACAUGUUUUGAUUUUUUCGCUCCGAUAAUAUAUGUCUAAUGAGUGUAUAUUAAAUGUGAAAAGUUCAAUUUAA